CGGCGGACUGAACCCAUGGUAGACUAGAGUCCACCUUCAAUUUUUUUCGGACUUCGCAAACUUUGUCAAACUCAGACGUAACUUGCAUGAACUCUGUAUUAUUUGGCCUUUAGAGGCUGAAACAGUGCUCAGCUCUUCUCACGCGAAUAAGUUUCAGGUUUAGACUUUUUUUAAAACAAUGAAUAGCAAGCAAACUUUAUCGGGUUUACAGUUAACAUGUCUCUUUAUCAUAAGCUUUUCGCUCACUUAUGGAUAUCCGUCAAGCUUGUUCGAGGGUAGCGCAUAUUCAGGAGCAGUUCACAGGCACAGAAAUAAAAACUGGUGCGCUUUUAUUGUCCAAAAGAACGUCAGCUGCACUGUGCAAGGCAGUGUGGAAAGUUACGUUGAGCCUGAAGCCGCGCGCUGUCCAGAGCAUCAGCCUGACUGUGAGCAGCCUGUGAUAUAUCGGACUCGCUUUCGACCUACUUACAAGAUAGCAUACAAGACUGUGACCGAGCUGGAAUGGAGAUGCUGUCCAGGAUACCAGGGUCCAGACUGCAGAGAACUAAAAGGCUCUCCAAACAGAGACACGGUGCAUCCACAGUCGCGCCAAGUUCCCCAUCCUGGACAACCACGACAUGCGCAAAGGUCAGAGAGACGUGAAAAUGGACAAUAUGAUGUCAGACGAGCUGACAAAACACGUAUGUUGGAGGAAGAAGUGCAGCGGCUUUCUCAGACCGUACUGGAUCUCCAGACAGCCAUGACGGGUAUGGCUGAGAACCUGCGCACAGACCUACAAGAGGACACCAGCAAGAUGCUCAUUACUCUCCUCAAUGACAGGAGCGGACCUGACAGCGCAAGAGCAGGUGGCACGGAGGAGAGUGCCGUGCAUCUGGACGGCCACCAGGCCAUGAGAGGACACACCCACGAAGAGAGGGAAAUCGAGAAAGUGCUGGCCAGGUUGAGUGAUAUGACAGAUGCACUUAAAAGCAAAGACGAAGCUCUCGAGGAGCUGCGAGGAACGGUGACGGGACACGACGGACAGAUCCGAAUGCUUAUGGAUGCCUCACAAGGCCUGCCACUCACAGGCGCCACCCCGCUGGAUGCAGAUAUGCUUCAGACGUAUAUUGAUGGAAAAUUUGAGAAACUCAAGAAGGAGCUUGUUGCAAACAUGGAGGACCAGAUGACCAAUCUCAAAAAUGCAUGCGACGAUAAGAUUCAUUCUCUUCAAAAGGCUUGUGAAGACGGAAAGGACAGUGGCUACGUUAGCCUCACUGAUCUAGUGCAACACAAGGAGGCCGAGCUUAGAAAGGAGAUUCGCGACCUUCGCCUUGAUAUGUCCAUGUCGGAUGGUCUGGUGCGCACGAACCGGCAAACGACCGAUGUAAUCGGGAAUGGUGACUACAGUGACUUGAGGCGGGAAAUUAAACAAGUGGCAGAAGCCCAUCGCAUCCUCAAUGCCCGCAUGGACAACGAGUUGGAGCAUCUGUCCGCGCUGAAGUUAGAAGAUAUUUUCGGCGACCGUAUAGAGGACCUGGAGGACAGGAUGAACGUCACUGAGAAAAACACAGAAACGUAUUGCUUCUACGUGGAUGAGAAACUUACAGCGAAAAUUACGGAUGAGGUGGAUGCGCUCCGUCAGCUCCUGAAUGAGAAACUGAUGGAUGUACAGGACCAGUUCACCACCAUGCUGAUUGAGAUCAACAACAAUUCCCUUCCAGGGCCAUUUAUUGAUACACUUCAAUCUCAGGUGAACUCUAAUAAGAACCGUUUACAGGGAUUGGAUGACAAAUUUAACGCCAUUUCUCAGAUAUGCUCAGCCGGCUGCACAACCAACACACCCACCGAUUCCCAAAAAGUAGAGGAUCUGGAAAAUCUUUUGAAGGACGUUAGGCUCUACAGAAAUGACUUGGAUGUCUUGCGUUCUGAUAUUGUUAACAACGUAGCAAAGCUUCAUGCAUUAGAAGAUACAAUUACAAGGACGUCGCCCGAAAAACAGUUUAUCAAUGGUCAUAUUCAGGACACCAACAAAAGACUCAAUAAUUUGACUGAAAAUGUUAAUGGGUUGACUGGAAAUGUAAAAGGAUUAGGAGAUACGGUACGCAAAAUUAGCCAAGAUCUUCACACAUUGAACUCCACAUGCUGCAAUUUGGGGGAGGUAAGCAUCCCUGGUCUUCAUGUAGGAAGCAGACCAAGUAAUAACCAGAUUGAAGAACUACGAGACAAACUGGACGCACUGAAUUCUCGAGUAACUACAGAGCUGAGCGUGUGUAAGUUCAGCGCAGACGGAGUAGUUAAGGGUGUGUCCGCAGUGGACGACAGGGUAACUGCUCUGGAGAAGAUCUGUGGACGCCUUGAUGGUGGGGCAAAUCAUUUCCAGGCCCUUUCAGGGGACUUGGAGAAGCAAGUGGCAAAGAUGAACAGCACUCUGGGUAGCCAUUCAGGAGAGAUCACAGCUCUUCAGAAAUCCCUUCAGAAUUAUCAAAUCCAGCUAACAGACAUUGCUAAGCAGAUCCUUAAGGACCAUACAACUAGAGAACAAGGCCUGCCAGUGAGGCAAGAGAAACCUGCAUCUGUCCCUGACACCAGAUCUCCAUUACAACCCCAUAGACCCUAUAUUCCUCAUAUCCACAUACCUUUGGUAAUACCCCACAGAACAGUGCCAGUGACCGGCCGUCCCCAAGUUCGCCAGCCCACCAUCUCACGCCAGCCCUACUUCCCACAGCCGCCCAGGCAGCCCACCCACCCCAACCAACCCGCCGUACACAAGCCGGUGGUGGUCACGGGGCAAGCCGGUCCACCUGGGUAUAUGCGCAGAGUAACGGUCAGACGGGAUCACACCUCGAAAGACACGGACACGCACGUGACAGGAUUUGCAGGUGCACCAGGAUAUCGACCUGUCAAUCCCGUCUUAUAUAAUACAAACCAACCUCAACCUCAAGUUGCACAUAUUCCAUGGAAUCCUGCACACCAGAGGCCAAUUGCAACUCCAGUGUCUCAGCAGCACUUCUCGAUGGACCCCUUCUCAUUCUCAGCUGGACUUACAAGACAGACUUUCUCAGGAGACUUUGGUAUCAUUCGAUUUGAUAGGGUGCUGGUCAAUGAUGGAAGACACUACAACCCUCAGACAGGGAUCUUCACAGUGCCCACUGAUGGCCGUUAUUUGGUCACCGCUGUACUUACAGCUCCUCGGGGCGAGCAUGCAGAAGCUGCGCUCUCCGUCUCCAAUCGCAGCGUGCAGAAAUUGGACACAGCAGGUUACUGGAGUGGCCACCCAAGACUGACCCCAGAUCAGUGCACAUGCGGCGGGUCUGCGUCCUUCAGCCUUAUCCUUCCACUCCGGCAAGGAGACACUGUGGCUUUGGUCCGCACUGCUGGAAAGCUUGCGGUUUCGGAAUCUAGAGAGAUCCUCUCCACUUUCAGCGCUAUAUUUCUAUAUUCCCCCCAGGCAAGGAGAUAACCCAAAAGUCAGCGAGGAGCGUUAAUAAUGUGACUGUUUUUAUGCAAGUCUAGCCAUUUACAAUGCUGCCUGCAUUAUGGAAUAUGUGUGACUAUGCAAUAGAGUUCGGCUUAUUUAUCGAAAAUACAGCACGGAGUUACUUGUUUGCCAAUUAGUAUAUUAAAGGGACACUGCACUUUUUUUUUAAAAAUAUGCUCAUUUUCGAGCUCCCCUAGAGUUAAACGUUUGAUUUUUACAGUUUUGG